CCUUCUCUUUCGCAUACAAGUCACACCUCUCUCUCUCUCUCUCUCUCUCUCUCUCUCUCUCUCUUCCUCUGCCUCAAUACUGUUCUGCCUCUGGUUCAUUUUGCUACAAAGAAACAGAAGUAUUAUUGCAGGGACAGAUUGUGGGAGAGGAGCCUCUGAAAGAGUUGGAAAGUAGAGAAUUUUUUUGUCGUCUUUCCUUGUUUUAGUUGAAAAGGAGAGAAGAAAAAUGGAGAUACUUGAAUUGGGCUUUGCUAUUCUGAUCUCAGUUUCUAUGUUAAUCUAGGAUUUGUACGAGUUAUAUACACCCUCAUUUCAUCCACAUUGUUAACAAUUCAAUCCCCAUAUCAGAAACAGAUUUAUAGUUCUUAUUUUGUAAUCACCUUGUUUGUUUGCUAGUGAAUUUAGCUAACUCAUCAUCACCUUAUCUCCUAUUUUCCUCUGUUUUAUUCUGCUCUGUUGUUACACAGAAAAACAGAUGGCUGAAGAUUCACCAAAAUUCAUUAUACCAGAAACAUACCAGGUGUCGAGAGAUGACAUUGGAGCCCAAAUUGGGCUCAUUUGGGAGCUAAUCAAAGCUCCAUUGAUAGUUCCUCUAUUGAAACUUGGGGUCUAUAUCUGCUUAACCAUGUCGCUCAUGCUCUUCAUGGAGAGGCUUUACAUGGGAAUUGUUAUAAUCAUUGUUAAGCUGUUUUGGAAGAAACCAGAAAAACGUUACAAGUGGGAACCCUUGCAAGAAGAUUUGGAAUCAGGCAAUUCGAAUUUCCCUGUUGUUCUCGUUCAAAUCCCAAUGUUCAAUGAAAAAGAGGUUUACAAGCUCUCAAUUGGGGCAGCAUGUAGUCUUUCUUGGCCAGCGGAUCGUCUGGUGAUCCAAGUCCUCGAUGAUUCAACAGACCCAGAGAUCAAGCAAAUGGUGGAGCUAGAGUGCCAGAGACGGGCAAGCAAAGGAAUAAACAUAACAUACCAAAUCAGAGAGAACAGAGUAGGUUAUAAAGCUGGAGCUUUAAAAGAAGGGCUUAAGAGAAGCUAUGUUAAACAUUGCGAGUACGUUGCUAUCUUUGAUGCUGAUUUCCAGCCUGAACCUGACUAUCUCAGACGUGCCAUUCCUUUCUUGGUCCACAAUCCUGACAUUGCCCUUGUUCAAGCUCGCUGGAGAUUUGUGAAUGCAGAUGAAUGCUUAUUGACAAGAAUGCAAGAGAUGUCAUUGGAUUAUCAUUUCACUGUGGAGCAAGAAGUUGGGUCAUCAACUCAUGCAUUCUUUGGCUUCAAUGGUACUGCUGGGGUAUGGAGAAUUGCUGCAAUUAAUGAGGCUGGUGGUUGGAAGGACAGAACCACCGUGGAAGAUAUGGAUCUUGCUGUCCGAGCUAGUCUCAGGGGAUGGAAAUUUGUUUACCUUGGUGACCUACAAGUGAAAAGUGAACUGCCAAGCACUUUCAAGGCCUUCAGGUUCCAGCAGCACAGGUGGUCUUGUGGUCCUGCCAACCUGUUCAGGAAAAUGGUGAUGGAAAUAGUUAGAAAUAAGAAAGUUAAAUUCUGGAAGAAGGUCUAUGUGAUCUACAGCUUCUUCUUCGUUCGCAAGAUCAUUGCUCAUAUGGUCACUUUCUGGUUCUACUGUGUUGUUCUUCCAUUGACCAUUUUGGUUCCUGAGGUUAAAGUUCCAAUCUGGGGAGCUGUUUACAUCCCUUCCAUUAUUACCAUUCUAAACUCAGUAGGAACUCCAAGGUCAAUUCACUUACUGUUCUAUUGGAUCCUGUUUGAGAAUGUGAUGUCCUUGCACCGAACGAAAGCAACAUUUAUCGGUCUGCUAGAAGCAGGAAGAGCUAAUGAGUGGGUCGUCACUGAAAAACUGGGAAAUACACUUCAGAAAAAUGCAGAUGCUUCCAAGAACAAGACCAACGUCAAAACACUUAAAAGACCUCGAUUCAAAUUUACUGACAGGCUCAACACAUUGGAGCUGGGAUUUGCAGCAUUCCUUUUCUUGUGUGGAUGUUAUGAUUUUGUUCAUGGCAAGAACAACUACUUUGUAUAUCUCUUCCUCCAAACUAUCACCUUCUUUAUCACCGGAAUCGGCUAUGUUGGCACCAUCAUCCCCAGCUAGUGACAUGGAAAAAUCGUCGCAGCAGAUUUGGGGUUUUUCAUGUUUGUGUUAAUGUUUUUUCUCUUCUGCACACAAUAUAUAAGUGGGGAUCUAUUAGCAGCAUUUGAUUGCAAUUCCUACAAUUUCAUUUCAUGCCAUCCUGGAAAAAAUUAAACCUGAAUCAUUCAAGUAAAAAGUAGAAAAGAAGAAAUACUCAGAGAAAAUGCUGUUGUUUUGCAUACACACCAUACAGAUUCAAGGACAUAGAAGGCAGCAGAAACAGCAUAUGCUUUAGGAAACAGCAAUGAUAUUUCAUUUAAAUAGAUUGCUUGUAAUUGUGAGAUUUUGUUAUUAUUUUUUUCUUUUUUUGGUCCCCAGUUGUUAGUUUUCCAUAGUUAUAUUUGCAAUAAAAGUUAAUUUAUUAUUUCUACA